AUGGUGAUGGAGCUAUGUGCAGCAGGCUCAGUCACUGAUGUAGUGAGGAUGACAAGAAAUCAGAGUUUAAAAGAAGAUUGGAUUGCUUAUAUCUGCCGAGAAAUCCUUCAGGGAUUAGCACAUCUUCAUGCACACCGAGUAAUUCAUCGGGACAUCAAAGGUCAGAAUGUACUACUGACUCAUAACGCUGAAGUAAAACUUGUGGAUUUUGGAGUGAGUGCCCAGGUGAGCAGAACUAAUGGAAGGAGAAAUAGCUUCAUUGGGACACCAUACUGGAUGGCACCUGAGGUGAUUAACUGUGAUGAGGACCCAAGGCGCUCCUAUGAUUACAGAAGUGAUGUGUGGUCUGUGGGAAUCACUGCUAUUGAAAUGGCUGAAGGGGCUCCUCCUCUAUGUAAUCUUCAGCCUUUGGAAGCCCUCUUCGUUAUUUUACGGGAAUCUGCUCCCACAGUUAAAUCCAGUGGAUGGUCCCGCAAGUUCCACAAUUUCAUGGAAAAGUGCAUGAUAAAAAACUUCCUAUUUCGUCCUACUUCUGCAAACAUGCUUCAUCAUCCAUUUGUUCAGGAUAUAAAAAAUGAACGACAUGUUGUUGAGUCAUUAACAAAGCAUCUUGCUGGAAUCAUAAAAAAAAGACAGAAAAAAGGGAUAUCUCUGGUCUUUGAAAGAGAAGAAGCUAUUAAGGAACAGUACACCCUGAGAAGAUUCAGAGGACCCUCUUGCACUCAUGAGCUUCUGAGAAUGCCAACCAGCAGCAGAUGCAGACCACUUAGAGUCCUGCAUGGAGAACCCUCUCAGCCACGAUGGUUACCUGAUCGAGAAGAGCCACAGGUCCAGGCACUUCAGCAACUGCAGGGGGCAGCCAAGGUGUUCAUGCCACUACAGAGUCAGGACAGUGCACAUAAGUCUGUACAGGGACAGGCUCAGGCACCUCAACGACUAUAUGGGGCAGCUCGGGUGUUCAUGCCACUACAGGCUCAGGUUAAGGCUAAGGCAUCUAGGUCUCUACACAUGGAGAUUAAGGCACCUCCACGACUACGGAGGGCAACCUGGGUGCUCACUCCACUGCAGGCUCAGGGUAAAGUACCUAGGCCUCUACAGGUACAAGCCCCUUUACCCAAAGAGCAGCAGCCUCAGGCCAAGGCCCAGGUCCAGGCCCACACCCAGGCUCAGGCCCUAGCAUCAGAACAGCCUCAAGAUCUAGACCAGGUGUCAGAGGAAUUUCAGGGACAAGAUCAGGUACCAGAACAACAAAGGCAGGGCCAAGCUGCUGAACAACAGCAGAGGCAGAACCAGUUACCUGAACAGCAUGUGGACCAGAACCAGGCACCUGAACAGCCAGAGGUACAGGAACAGGCCGCUGAGCCUGCACAGGCUGAGAUUGAGGCACAGGAACCUGAAUCAUUAAGAGUACACGCCCAGGUGUUCCUGCCCUUAUUGUCACAGAACCACCAUGUGCUUUUGCCACUACAUUUGGAUACUCAGGUACUCAUUCCGAUAGGGGGGCAAGCUGAAGGGCCACCUCAGGCACAGGCCUGGGCACUAGAGCCCUCACAGGCAGUUGGAUCAGUUCAAGCACUGAUGGAGGGACUAUCAAGAGACUUGCUUCGAGCACCAAACUCACAUAACUCAAAGCCACUUGGUCCACUGCAAAUCCUGAUGGAAAACCUGUCAUCAAACAUGUUUUACUCUCAACCAGAACAGGCACGGAAGAAAAAAUCUAAAGUUUUUAGUCUAAGGCAAGCUCUGGCAAAAAGAUUGUCACCAAAGAGAUUCAGGGCAAAGUCAUUACGAAGACCUGAAGAGCUUGAACUUGAAGAAUUAGAAGCCCACAGGCGAAGGCGCCAGCGCAGAUGGGAGGACAUCUUUAAUCAGCACGAGGAGGAAUUGAGACAAGUUGAAAAUAACAAAGAAGAUGACUCCUCAGACAAUGAUGAAGUAUUUCAUUCGAUUCAGGCUGAAGUCCAAAUAGAACCCUUGCAGCCAUUUGCUCCAAAUCCUGAAGAAAAUGAGGUCCAAGAUGGAUCUAAUUCUAUGCCUUGUAAUCAGGAUCGUAUACAGCAUGUCAAGUUCUCUUCAAGUGUUCCUCAGGAAUCUCUUUUGGAACAAGCUGAGAGGCCCAUUGACAUCAGAGAAAGGAGCUCGCAAAAUCCUCAAAAUUGCCCAGCAGAAUCAGAAUCUUCUUCUGAGGAAGAGAGUCCCAUAAUUGGGAGAAGGUCCCAGUCAUCACCGCCUUAUUCUACUAUUGAUCAGAAGUUGCUGGUUGAUGUCCAUGUUCCAGAUGGAUUUAAAGUAGGAAAAAUAUCACCCCCGGUAUACUUGACAAAUGAAUGGGUAGGCUAUAAUGCACUCUCUGAAAUCUUCCGGAAUGAUUGGGUAACUCCUGCACCUGUCAUUCAGCCACCUGAAGAGGAUGGUGAUUAUGUUGAACUCUAUGAUGCUGGUGCUGAUACUGAUGAUGAUGAUAAUUCUAACGAUGUUUAUGAAGAUACCUAUGACCAUGCCAACAGCAAUGAUGACUUGGAUAACCAAGUUGAUCAGGCAAAUAAUGUCUGUGAAGACCGUGAUGAUGAUAAUGACAAUGAUGACAUAGAUAACAAUCAUGAUGAUGCUCCUAAUUGGCCAAGCUUUGGCAGGUACGGAAGUUACAAUAAAGAUGGAAAUGAUGGAAGUGAAGGAAAAGAAGAUUCUGGCAGAAGCUAUGGAAGCGGUAGAGGCAAAAGAAGCCAUGGAGGAAAUGCAGCCAGUGGUGACAGUGCAGUCUUUGGAGACCAGGAAGGACAUGCAGCCAAGACAGGCAGUAAAAUAGGUAUCAGGGAUAAUGGAGAUAAAGGAGUUGGUGGAAGAAAUGAAGAGAAUGAGGCACUUGGACUCAGUGAAGGAGAAAAUCGUUCAGAAACAGAUGGCCUAGGAUUGGAAAGACCUGUAUUUCAUGACUUUGAACAUGAACAGGAGGAGCCAGAUGGUGGAAGUGAGGCCUCAAACGCUAUUUCCUCGGAUAUUACUCUCCCAACACUUGAUGAUGAGAAUGACAAUAAGGACCUAUCACAAUCAUCGACACCAUUGGGUUUUUCUGCUAGCUACUCAUCUUCCAAAGAUUCUGGAAGGGCUGCUGAUGCUGACUUUGCCAGUGCCAUCUUGUAUGCUGGAUUUGUUGAAGUACCUGAGAAAUCACCUAAGCAACCCUCUGAAGUCAAUGUUAACCCACUCUAUGCCUCUUCUACAUGUAAAAAACCACUAAUCCACAUGUAUGAAAAGGAAUUCACUUCUGAGAUCUACUGUGGUUCUCUGUGGGGUGAUGAAUUUGUUGCUGGGAACCGAUCUAAUCUGUAUCUGAUGGACAGAAGUGGAAAGGCAGACAUUAUUAAACUCAUAAAGAGAAGGCCAUUCCGCCAGAUUCAAGUCGUAGAGCCACUCAAUUUGCUGAUUACCAUCUCUGGCCAUAAAAACAGACUUCGAGUAUAUCAUUUGACUUGGCUGAGGAACAAGAUUUUGAAUAAUGAUCCAGAAAGUAAGAGAACAGAAGAAAUGCUGAAGACAGAGGAAGCUUGCAAAGCUAUUGACAAGUUGACUGGCUGUGAACACUUUAGUGUCCUCCAACAUGAAGAAACAACAUACAUUGCAAUUGCUUUGAAAUCAUCAAUUCACCUUUUUGCAUGGGCACCAAAGUCCUUUGAUGAAAGCACUGCUAUUAAAGUGAUAUGCAUUGAUCAGUCAGCAGACUCCGAAGGAGACUAUAUGUCCUAUGAAGCCUAUAUACGAAUACUGGCAAAAAUACAGGCAGCUGAUCCAGCGAACCGGUUUAAGAGACCAGAUGAGCUCCUUCAUUUGCUGAAGCUCAAGGUAUUUCCAACUCUUGGUCAUAAGCCAGUGACAGUUGACCUAGCUGUUGGUUCUGAGAAAACACUAAAGAUUUUCUUCAGCUCAGCAGAUGGAUAUCACAUCAUCGAUGCAGAAUCUGAAGUUAUGUCUGAUGUGAACUUGCCAAAUAACCCCCUGGAAAUCAUUGUACCACAGAAUAUCAUCAUUUUACCUGAUUGCUUGGGGAUUGGCCUGAUGCUUACCUUCAAUGCUGAAGCUCUGUCUGUGGAAGCAAAUGAACAACUCUUCAAGAAGAUCCUUGAAGUGUGCAAAGAUAUACCAUCUUGUGUAGCUUUUGAGUGUACACAGAGAACCACAGGAUGGGGCCAGAAGGCCAUUGAAGCACGAUCUUUGCAAUCAAGCGUUCUAGAAAAUGAGCUGAAGCACAGGACAAUCAAGAAGCUGAGAUUUCUGUGUACCAGAGGUGACAAGCUGUUCUUUACCUCUACCCUGCGUAAUCGCCACAGCAGAGUUUACUUUAUGACCCUUGGAAAACUUGAAGAGCUUCAAAGCAACUAUGGUGUUUAA